AUGCUCUUUACUUUACAUUGUGCUUUAAGCGAUUAUGAAGUGUUCACAAAUGAAGCAGACAAUGUGAGAAUGAUGAGCAUCUUGAGAACUCUGAUUAUCUCAAUGGCAAACUUUAUUAUGAAAAUUGUUCCCAAAAUGUUGAACUUGCUGGUGCCACGCAGGUUUCUGGCCUGUGCAUUUAGCUCAUCUUGUCAGCCUGACCUUGGUGCCAUCAGACGGGAGCUAGAUAAAUUUGAAGGGGGUACAGUCGACUUGAAGAUGGAUGAGCAGUCAGGAGUAGCAGUAAUGACCUUGAAUAAUCCGCUCAGACUGAAUUCUAUGACAGGCCGAAUGAUGGUUGAUAUGGCAGACUGCAUUACCCGACUUGAGAACUGGCCCAGUGGUAAAGGGCUCAUCCUCACAGGGACUGGAGGCAACUUUUGUUCCGGUGGGGACCUAACUUUUGUUCGAAAGGCUCUGCAUUAUGGAGCUGAGAUGGCAGCUUUUCAACAUGAUGCCCUGACACGACUUCUCAACCUGCCUUUGAUUAGUGUGGCUUUGUUGCAAGGCCACACUUUGGGAGGUGGAGCUGAACUAGCCACAGCCUGUGACUACAGAGUGAUCUCACCGUCUGCUAAAGUUGGCUUCGUCCAAAUCAAGAUGGGGCUGACAACCGGCUGGGGCGCAACAACAAGAUUAGUCCACCUGUUGGGAAGACAGAAAGCAAUCAGUUUGUUAACUUCAGGUAAAGUUAUGGCAGCGGAGGAAGCUCUCAAUGAAGGAUUGGUUGACCAUGUCCUGCCUUACUCGCUAGCUUCAAGUGAUGAACUGGGUGAAUGUAAAAAGUGGCUUAUAGCUAAUUAUUGCAAGCAUGAUGCAGAUUUAAUUCAGGCAACAAAAAAGUCGGUAAUAUAUGCGGAUUUAAACAGAGACAUUAAGGUUUCCCUGCAGCAUGAGCGUGAUGUUUUUGCUAAGUACUGGGGAGGGCCAGCUCAGAAAGCCGCUCUCAGUGCGAAUAUAAAGCAUAAAUAG